AUGGGCGUGCGAGGUCUGCAGGGGUUCGUGGGGAGCACGUGCCCACAUAUCUGUACGGUAGUAAACCUGCGAGACCUGGCUGAGCGCCACCAGAGCAGACACCCUGGCUGUCCCCCAACCAUCGUGGUUGACGCCAUGUGCUGUCUCCGGUACUGGUACACACCUGAGUCCUGGGUCUGUGGCGGCCAGUGGCGAGAGUACUUUUCUGCCCUGCGAGGCUUCGUCGAGACGUUCACAGAUGUGGGCAUCAAGCUGGUGUUCUUCUUCGAUGGCAUGGUGGAACAGGACAAGCGAGCCGAAUGGGUGAAGCGCAGACACAAGAACAGCAGGGAGAUUUCCAGGAUCUUCCACUAUGUCAAGUCCCGAGGCGAGCAGCCUGGCAGGCACAUGUUCUUCAUCCCACCCGGACUGGCUGUGUUCACACGGCUCGCCCUGAGGGCCCUGGGCCAGGAGACCCACUGCUCCCUGCAGGAGGCUGACUAUGAGGUGGCCGCACGCGGCCUCUGGGAAGGCUGCCUGGGGGUCCUGGGCGAGGACACCGACUACCUGAUCUACAACACCUGUCCUUACCUCUCCAUCAGGGAGCUCUGUCUGGACACGCUGGACACAGUCAUGCUGUGCCGGGAGAAGCUCUGUGAGAGCUUGCGUCUCAGCGUGGCUGACCUUCCACUCCUCGCCUGCUUGCUUGGGAAUGACAUCGUUCCUGAAGGCAUGUUUGAAGGCUUUCGCUACAAGUGUCUGGCUGCGUACACCGCUAUGAACGAGAGCCUGGACAAGAGGGGCAGUGUCAUCCUGGCUGUGGCUGACCAUAUCGCUCGCGUUCUUCACCUGCAUCAAGGUGAGAAGACAUUAGAAGAAAUGUUACCUUUGGGACCAAACAAAGCACUUUUUUAUAAAGGAGUGACAUCAUACCUUUUGCCAGGACAGAAAUCACCGUGGUUUUCCCCUAAAUCCAAUGCUGUAGUAACUUUGGACAAGCAAAUUUCGUCCUUGAGUUCAGACCCGGACUCCCAGCCAGAAAUCCCCAGGUGUGCAGACCCGGACUCCCAGCCAGAAGCAUCGACAUGCACAGACCCUGAAAUACAGCAGCAAGGAGCUUCUGGUUCCUACCAUGAGGUCCAGCGUGACACAGCCAUGGUUUCAGACCCUGAAAUCUUAAAGGUUGCUAAAGCCCAGCACGUUCAGGGUGAGAGCUACCUGCUCUACAACAUCCUGAGCAGCGGAGAGAUCGAGUGCAGCAACACCUUGGAGGAUGAACUGGAACAGGCCCUUCCGAGCCAGGCCUUCGUCUACCGCCCUGUGCGCCAGCGUGUCUAUGCACUCCUGCUGGGGAACGGGGAAGAGACUUCAUUUUGCUUGGAAGUGAAGGAAUGGUUCGUGUACGCUGGGAACCCUCUGAAGCAGCCGGACCUGGUCAGGCCUCUUCCAGUGAGCGUCCCAGGAGGAACACCUAACUUAAAGACUCUGUGGCUGACCCAGGAGCCAGGCGUGCAGACGCAGCGCUUUGACGUGCUUCUCGCUUGCUUCAACCUCUCCUCCAUGCAGGAAGACCUGCAGGCUGUCGAGGGCCCGUUGAGAGCCCUGUGCUGCCUCCUCAUGUACCUCUUUGUGCAGGUAGACACGCUUUGCCUGGAAGACUUGCAAGCUCUGAUAGCACAGGCGCUGUGCCUCCAAGGGACGUCGACGGCCCAGCUGAUGGACUUGCAGCUGGACCACAUCAACUCCAGGGCUGUGCAGCUGGGCGCCCUAUUUGUCCGCGGCCUCACCACAAUGGUGUUUGUCAACAGCGCUUGUGGCUUCCCCUUGGACGUAAAUGACUUCAUGCCCUGGAAUGUCUUUGAUGGGAAGCUCUUUCAUCAGAAGUACCUGCAAUCUGAGAAAGGGUACAGUGUGGAGGUACUGCUGGAGCAGAACAGGUCCCGGCUGACGCGGUUCCACAGUCUCAAGUCGGUGGUAGUCAAGGCCUGCCUGAGAGAGAACAGACGCAUUGGGAGCCGACAGCAUUGGGGCUCACACCACACAGGGAGGUGGUCAAGACAGGGCACCAGCUCACAGCGGACGAGCUCUGGACACAGCCGCGCAGGCCCAGGACAGCCAUGGAGGGAUCAGGCUCCAGGGAGCCGACAGUACGAGCAUGCUCAGCGCCGAAGAUACUCGUCGAGCUCCGGGCACAUCCUCUGGGUGCCUGUUCAGAUUCCUGUUGAAAAGUGGUCAGUGGACUGUUUCCAACAGCCUCAGUACUGCAUUGCCUGCUGCGUGCUCACCACGAAGGUGAGAGCUAGCUACUCAUGGACUACACAGGCCACAGGUGGACACGUCCCUAGAACCCGGGGCUGCGAUGCCUUCGCCCGGACCAAGGCCAUCAUCACGAGAGACCGCGUGCAUAUCCCGGGUGUUUCCGAUUGGCACGCCCUCGCCGCCACCGCCGCAGCAGGUAGCGCUCCCCGAGCUCCGCUGCCACGCCAGUGUGCAUGGGGAAGACAGAUUGUCCCUGGGUCCGUCCGCGAGGGGACUCAGCCGGGCGCAGUCGGGUCCUUGCGGCUGCUGAUCUCCGCGGCGAGGACGCGCCCCACGGGAAGGAAAUGGCGUGUUGCGCGCCCGCCUCCUGCCCACCGUCCAUCUGUGCUCGCGCCAGCGCGCGGGGACAUAUGCUGCCUGUUGCUCACUCGCCAUCUGUUUCGGCGGCCCAGAGUCCCGGUCGUCAUGGCAACGGGUGGCGAGCGCACACAUACCCGGACCCCAGCGCUCCCGGUGCCUCUACUGGGCGUCGAGCCGACGACUCAGAGUGACCGAGAGUCUCUGUCCCUCGGUCCGUCUGCCCAGCGGGUCUUCCACCUCCAUCGGCCGGCUGGGCGCCGGCAGAUCACCAGCUGGCCGGGCGGCUCCGGGCGUGGAACAUCUGUGUCUCGUGCUGUUCUGCACAGCUGGCCGGCUGGGAACAAACGGGCCAUUAUUAACGAGCGGCGGCUGCCCAGCCGGCUGGGAACGUGCGCGCGCACCGGGAGGGCCCUGGGCGGCGGAGGGGCUCACAGAAGCAGCGCCGAACUCCAAACCGCCGCCUCUAGGUUCCCUGUCUCCACUUUCCAGGGCCAUGGUAGACACAGUGUGCACGUCCUAACCUGGACCCACGCCAAAUGCCAGCGACGCCGGGUGACCGGCCCUCAGAUUCCCCCGGACACUCACGACCCACAUCACUUCAGAACUUGA